AUGGGUCAUCAGGAGCAUUUUUUAACACCAUAUAUUGUAGUCCUUCAUUUUGAACAAAGAGCAAAUAAAAGUAAUAAGUAUGCAGUAUGUCGUGCUUAUAUUAAUAUACUUGGAAAGGAUAAAGCUUAUAAGAACAAAUUUACAAAUACAAAAAAGGAAUCAUUACCUAUUUCAGCUGAAAUUAAUAAUGACGAUAAUGAAUAUAAUACACCUAAUAUAUCAGAUGAUAGAUUAUCUGAUGAGGAAAAUGAUAAUAUUAUAAAUGGUAAUAUACAAACAGUUAGUGAUUGGCAAA